AGACGAUCAUUCAAAUGACUGAGAAGCGUGUCGGCCCCACCAAUGAAGCUCCCGCUGCUCAGGGGAAUCUGCUUGCCAACCAAUUCUCACUAAAUACACCGCACGAAGGAGCCGGACAUGAGCACCGUCUGGCUAUGUUGAAUAGGGGCGGCGCCAACCGUCGGAGGCGCACAUUGUUGCAGGAGGCUAUGGACAGCAUCACAUCUUGUUUCCGAUUUGCAUUUACUUGUGGAUCGUCAUCGAGUCCGCAAAUGGGAAGUCGCCUGUCGGCUGAUCAAGGCGAAUCCAGCCUGACAACUGGUCAGCGAGCACGAGCGGGAACUGCGUCCUCGACGGAGGGAAAUUUGAACACUAAUACGGAUACUAGAGUGGAUAGUUAUCCAGCGACAAUCUCGUCUGCAUCCAUUCUUGGGAAAGGGAUACCGAACCAGAAAGGAAGAAUAUUGCGUAGUCGUCGUUUCAAUCGCAUCUAUGAUAUGCCGAGAGAUGCUGCUGUGUUAGGAACAGGUCUUUCGGGAUCCGUUAAAGUAGCAAGGCGGAGGUCAGAUGGUCAGAAGGUAGCCGUGAAAGUGUUGAGUACUCGUGGUCUACCUACCGAUAAAGUUGACGAGAUCGUGACAGAAGUGAAGAUUUAUUUGCGGCUCGAUCAUCCAAAUAUUUGUCGACUGCUCGAGGUUUACGAUGAAAGUGCAGUCAGUGGGAAUGUUUACUUGGUGAUGGAGUUAUGCAGUGGACGAGAACUGUACGACAGAUUGGCAAUGCGCAAGCGCUUCUCAGAACGUGAUGCGAGUGAAGUGGUUCGACAAAUGGUACUUGCGGUUAACUACUGUCAUAACCAGAAUAUUUGUCAUCGUGAUUUAAAACUUGAGAACUUCGUCUACGCUGAUAUGAGCGAGAAGUCACGCUUGAAGCUGAUCGAUUUUGGCUUGUCCAAGAUUUUCUCAAGAGGUGUUCCUAUGACCGCGAUCACAGGAACGGUAUACUAUGUUGCGCCAGAGGUGAUGACCGGCAAGUAUGAUUAUUCUUGUGAUAUGUGGUCCAUCGGAGUCAUGACAUAUAUGUUACUAGCCGGAGUCCCUCCAUUCGAUGGUGAUACAGACAAGGAGAUUCUAAGGAAGAUCGCGAAGGGAACGUAUUCUUUCUCUGGUCCAUCCUGGGAUUUCAUCUCUGCUUCUGCGCGGGAUUUUAUUACAAAACUCCUGAAGAAGGAUCCUUCUGAUCGUCUUUCAGCGAGCAGGGCUCUGAACCACCCCUGGCUCUUGCGAUAUGGGAAUGAGGAUGGAGCAUGGACAACAUCAGGUACACUAGAUCCAAGUGUAACGUGCCCUGCUGUGGUGAAAUCUAUGCGUGACUUCGCCCAGUCCAACGUCUUAAAGCGAGCUGCCAUUGGACUCAUGGCUUACUCGACAACAUACAAUACGGAUUUGGAAGCUAUUGCAAAGGAGUUUCAGGCGCUCGAUGUUCGUGCAACGGGGACUAUUUCUGUGCAAGAUUUAAUGGCGGUACUUCAGCAUCAUUUGAACGUGGAUCAGAGCGAAGCUAGAUUCAUAUCUGAGAGAAUCGAUGCUGGACAAGGUGGCGAAAUUCACUAUUCUGAGUUCCUGGCCGCGGCAAUGUCUGCGCGCAUGGUGAUUCACGAGAAGCAGAUAAGGGAGAUGUUUGCAAGAAUGGAUACUGAUGCCACUGGGAAGAUUACUGCUGAUAAUCUACGCGAAGUACUUGGCGAAUCUUACGACGGUACUCCUGUGGAGGAGAUAAUUGCUGAGUGUGACAGAAAUGGCGACGGGUCACUCGAUUGGCACGAGUUCGAGGCCGUACUGCUUGAUCGUGUGACACAUAAUGAUCAGACAGUCAAGGUCACUAGACCUCCUGGUGGAGAAUCGGGACCCGUUGAUGGAGGAUAUGAUCCUCUCUGGGAAAAGAUUACAGGCCAGAAGACAUCGCCACCUAGCACGUCGCGAGAUUCCACCGUUGAAGCUAGAACUCGUAGCGAAGGGGCUGAUCAUGUCUCAGUGGAGGAGAGCAACACGCGGCAAUCGCGUUUCGAUUGGGAGCAACUAGCUGAACUUGGUCGGAAGCUUGUGUUCGAUCGUACUCCUAACGAAGUCCCACCCAAGCGGCGGGUGCACUCUGUGACAUGAGGUACACAGCUGCACUACGAGAACCGUGCGACAGAUCAAACUGUGUGUUAUUACUUCUCUCUCUGAUCAUUAUGGGUUGUUUGAUAGCAUCGAGUAUUCCUCUCGAUGAUUUCGAUGUUGAGGGCCUCAGCCUGAAGCCCGAAUUUGUUCUGUUUUUCCAAGAAC